AUGAAGUUUCUCAGCGCUACUACAACCGCAGCAUUUGCCAGUCUUUUACUUCUGGUACCGACCGCUUAUGGAAAUGGACAGUUUAGAUGUCCACGUGGUGAUCCGUUUACUAUGACAAGAAUAUUGGAAAUGGCACAGCAAGCUAGCAUUGAUGAUAACCUUCCUAGCAACCCUGCUAUUCCCACGGGCGAAUCGUGCACAUCAUACUGUUUUUCUGGCCCUUCAAGGAAUGAUGGAACAGAAACAUAUGGCCACUUACUACAAGUAUACGGGCAACCCCCAAAAUACCAAUUCUCUCAACAUGUAGGAGGUAAAUGGGAACUAUGUACUUUCGAAAAUGUUAGUUAA